AUGCUGCUGACGCCCAACGCAACUGCAUUCCCCCAUGUAAUUGCCUUCCCAAAUGAAUCGUUCGCAUCCAUCGAGGGCAAGCAUACCCUGCGCGGAAGUUGCGCAUCGUGGGCCAACAAAGUCCAACCCCCAUCCAAAGGCUCGUACGUGACAUGA